UGUGUAUUUCCGGUUUAAACUAUCAAAAAUGACAAUUUAUAAUUUACAUAUAUUUGACAGAAAUGGGACAUGUUUGUAUUAUGUAGAAUGGAACAGAAGAAAAUCUGCAGGGAUGAGCCAGUCAGAGGAGUUUAAAUUGAUGUAUGGUAUGAUACAUUCCAUCAAGUCGUUUGUCAGUAGGAUAUCACCAGCAGAUUUAAAAGAUGGAUUUUUGAAUUUUAAGACAAACAAAUACAAACUCCAUUUUUAUGAAACCCCAUCUGGACUGAAGAUCGUGAUAAAUACAGACCUUGGUGUUGGAAAUAUUAGGGACACUCUUCAUCAGAUAUACAGUAAUAUAUAUGUGGAAUAUGUUGUACGGAAUCCAGUAUGUGACUUAGAUAAACCAAUAACAAGUGAACUAUUUCAAACAAAACUUGAUGAAUUUAUAAGAGGACUACCAUUUUUUCCAAGUAGAAUAAACUAGUGAACUUAUUUACCUAAUAGCUAAUUGAUUUUUUGAUGUGCAAUAAACUGUUAUAUAUAAAUUGUCAUAUGAAAUCUUGUAUUUAUUUAAAACUAGUGGUUCAGAUUUGUGGAAAUAAGAUGUUCACAUAAAACACAACAUUAUCAAAAGGCUCAACAGACAAUAUUCUGUUUUCCAGACAAUUAAACCAAUUAAUGAGCAGGCAGGUCAUCAAUUUAUACAUUACAUGUAGCUACACAUAUUUUCAUUUAGAUUUCACUGGGAAGUAACUAUUUAUGAUCAACUACUUUUGAAUGAAAUGUAUUGUAGCUUAACAAUCAAAUUUAUUUACUAAUUACAAAUUUAUAACUACAUAUGUAUUUAAUUUAUUAUUUAUCAAACAUGUAAACAUGCUGAAUAUACAAAACAUACUAGGUAGGGAUUUACAUGAAUUUGUGGAUAAAGGAAAUAUUGUUUUAAUGGCUACUUGUUGUUGUGGGUGGGACAAAUCCUGCAUAUGCAUAUAGGU